AUGUCGUCAAUCGCUGAUAAUACCUUUUCGAUGUCGACCAUGUCCGAUGCUUUACAAAAUAUCCGUUUCUCUAGGGGAAUCUCCGCUUCCAUUCCUCCUCCGGGCUUCUACCCACGCGCCUCCGACACGCGCUUAAACCCUCUCUUCAACCUAAUGACUAGCGGCGAAGGUGUUGCUCACUUCAAAGAGAUGACCUCGAAGUUAGACCGAAGCCAGCUUCACAUGAUGGUGUCGUUGCUUACGUCAGACUCCGACUACUUCAUGGAGGUUGUCAGAAACAAGUACGGGUCGAGACGCGUGCAGAAGCUCCUCGGGAUAUC